UGCUUCGUUUAGUCAGUUGAAUUUCAAUGGAAAGGUGGCAAAGUCGAGUAGCGGUUGUAACCGGGGCUAGCUCCGGCAUUGGAGCUGCUGUCGCGGCGGACCUGGUCAAGGCCGGACUUGUGGUGGUCGCUUUGGCACGCCGGGAAGCCAAACUGCGGGAAAAUAAAAAGUCAUUGCCUACCAACCUGCAACCACGAUAUCAUCCAAUUAAGUGUGAUGUUACCAACGAGGACGAUGUUAAGAAGGCUUUCGCGUGGGUGGAUGAAGUUCUUGGUGGAACGGAUAUUCUCGUUAACAACGCGGGGACAUUUCAUUAUGGAGAAAACCUGAUUGACCCUGGCAAUACGGAAGUAAUUCGUAAGACCCUGGAUACAAAUGUUACGGCCGUUGUGUUCUGCGUUCGUGAAGCCUUCAGUUCCAUGAAAAGGCGAAAUUUUGAUGGGCAUGUGAUUAUCGUCAAUAGCGUUGUUGGACACACUACUGAGCGAAUUCCUGGAGGGAAUAUCUAUCCGCCCUCUAAGUAUGCUGUCACCGCUAUGGCUCAAACGUAUCGUCACGAAUUCGCACAUGCUGGCACAGAAGUCAAAAUCACGAGUAUCAGUCCUGGUGCUGUCGAUACGGAGCUCGUUCCUGGAGGACUGCUAGAUAGCUUGGGAAUUCCCUAUUUGAGUCCGGGAGACAUUUCAAACGCCAUACUGUACGCGAUUGCUACUCCACCCAAUGUUCAAGUCUAUGAAUUGACGAUUGAGCCAGUGGGCUCACAGAUGUCGAAAGCGCAACAGUAAAAUUAACUUUGAAUUUCACGCCAGGAAGGAGGCCCAACUGCAUUGAAGAUUAACUUAAGUGGUUUGAUUUGCCCGAAAGUGACCUUAAUGGAAUAAAGAGUUAACUGGAAAUGUU